AUGGCCCGGUUUGGCUGCAGAACGCCGUACGACGAUUGCCUGCUUCUCCGUGAUGCUCAGUACUUCGUUCUAGGCUGCGCUUUGGAGUACACCUAUGGAAUCCGCCUUGAAGCGUAUGGAAAACACCACGAUUUGGCCAAUACCGUUGUGGAAACGGAAAACCAGAUCAUCCGGCUCCGGCUGCCGCUCGCCAACUACCAGGACUACCUCCCUGGCGUUCGAAAACUUGCCUUUUCCACCAAGGCAGAAAUGGCUGCAAAAUCGAGGGACCAGUACAUGGACGAGUUUUUCCGGGUUUUCCAGCGUAAUUUGCAGAAAAACCGCCCCGACGCCGCCCUGUGCCUCCUAGGACGAGUAUUCACCCAGCCCGGCCGCCUUUCCCUGGCUGAAACGAAGAGUAUCUGUCUCACCAUGGUCAGUGCGGGUUUGGACAACAUCGCCUUGAGCUUUGACCAUCUUAUGGGCCACUUGGCGACGCCAAAAGGGUACAAAAUGCAAGAACGGCUUUUCAAGGAGCUCACAAAAAUUUAUGAAAAUUCCUCGGCGGCGUGGGACGGCGUGGCGUGUGAAAACACCUCCACAUACGCUCUAGCGUUGAUCCACGAAACCAUGCGCUUUUUCACGGUUUUGCCGCUAUCGCUUCCUCGGGAAACAACUAAGGAUGUUCUUUUCGACGGCAUGUUGAUCCCCAGCGGCACAAUUCUCCUUAUGAACGCCUUUGCAGCGGACCACGAUGAGGCGGUUUUUGAGAACCCAUACGAGUUCAUUCCUGAACGGUGGAUUGAUGAAAACGGGAAAAUCGUGGACGAAAAACAUCUUCGUCAUUUUGGCUUUGGAGCAGGUUCGAGAAAAUGCUCCGGAAUCGCCUUGGCCGUCAAGGAGUUCUACGUUUUGCUUUGUCGAAUGGUUCUCGUUUUCCACAUCAAAAGACCACUCAGUGCCUCGGACGAAAUGGAAAUGGAUCCGUUCAAAAACAACCUGUGUCCUUCUGCAACGUCCUUUGAACCAAAGGAGUUCAAGGUCUGGCUCAAACCUCGUUUUGCAGACGGUUUUGGCGAUCUUCAUAGUAAGAUUUUCCAGUAA